GAUUCAGUGGCGAGAGCUGGCGGGUCGCCGGCCCGGGAUGGAAUGUCAACAAGCCGAGCAGCCGGCUAGCUUGUCGGCUGGAUGCUCGCGGCGCUGCGCUGUUACUCUCGGGCUAAAUUGACCCUGGUCUGCCACCUGGUGUGGCGGCCCUGCUGGGUUGGAAGCAUGAUGGGUGGGAAGAGCCUCCUCCUGAAGGUGAUCCUGCUGGGGGACGGCGGAGUGGGCAAGUCCUCGCUGAUGAACCGCUACGUCACGGACCGCUUCGACUCCCAGUCCUUUCACACCAUCGGAGUGGAGUUCCUGAACAGGGACCUGGAGGUCGACGGACGCCUGGUCACUCUUCAGAUCUGGGACACCGCCGGCCAGGAGCGCUUCAAAUCCCUGCGGACGCCGUUUUACCGAGGCGCCGACUGCUGCCUGCUCACGUUCGCUGUCAACGACCUGCAGAGCUUCCAGAACCUUGGCUGCUGGAAGAAGGAGUUCAUGUACUACUCUGACGUUAAAGACCCCGAGCGCUUCCCUUUCGUGGUGCUGGGUAACAAGGUAGACGUGGAGCAGAGGGAGGUUGGCGAGGACGAAGCACGGGCCUGGUGUGAAGAGAACAGCUGCUGCCCGUACUUUGAGACCAGCGCCAAGGAUGACACUAACGUCGCGGCUGCGUUCGAGGCAGCUGUCAGGGAGGUUCUGGCUGCCGAGGACCAGAUUGACCACGCGCUGCUGAGCAGUACUAUUGAUCUCCAUGGCAACCGCAGAGCCUCUCGUGGGUCUUGCUGCUGAUCGGGCAGGUGUGAAUCCACCUCAUCUAAAUCUCUCCGGCUGAAACUCGCCCAUGGCCGUCUCUGAGGACUGGGCGGUAUUGUCAAUGGUGAGCCUACUGUAGGCGCACGGUACGGUGCACCUAAUGCGGAGGGACGUGUCUUGGUCUCCGCUGGAAUCAAGGUGGUUUAAUUGUUGCUCUAACCAAGGUACGGGCUUAAAGUACAGGCACAAUGCAACAGGCACACGCUUCCUUUGUACUCUUAUCUGCUUUCAAUGGUGUGUUGCAUAAAACACAUUUUAUCCCUGCUUCAGCUUGGUCUGCCUCUGCAGGAGGAGGAGUAGUGCUAUUUUUUAAAUGAUAUAACAAAUAUGUCGGGUAGGGCAGCUGCCGGGAGAGUAUUCCACUCCUCUCUCGAAGAACACAUUCUGCCUUUUUGACAAAGCGGCACACGGUCAGACGUGCGUCCAUAAGCUGAUUUUUCCUGGGAUUUUAGAGGGACUUUGAAUACAACAUCAUAUUUUCCCGUUCUCAGUGCUUUCGCUGGAGAGCUUAAUGUAUUUUCUAGACACGGAUAAGGUCUGUGAGUGACAGGCUUCCCGACCCAGGCAGAUGUUAAGCACGAGAACUCCCAACAUCAGCACGAGGACCAAUAUCGUUCAAGGUACGAGGAAUUUAGAAUGAAGCAGGAUGAACCUCUUUGUCUUCAAUCGGACAGGAACUGUGAGCUUAAUGUCAGCCCUUUUGUGGUGCCCUUGUUCAUUCGUCUAAUAGAUGUAUAUUAUGGCAGCACUAUUGUGUAGCCGGAGGUGUCAGGUGUACGAGUUUGGCAUUAUCAGAUUAUUUCCAAUGAUCCAUGUACGUGGGCCUGUUACUACGGUUCAGUGUUUCUCAAAGUUCAAAAAUAGGUACUGCUUUUGCUGCUGCUGACAAACUGCUGUUUAUUUUUCCGCGAAGCGCAUUUUGAUCCCGAGUCGUGACCAUUUUACUGAUGUAUAGAGGUGGUUGUCAUCAUUUUCCAAAAUGAUCAAUCGUUUCAGUAAUAUUGGCAUGUUUGUAAUCCUGCGACUGCUUUGUUGAUUGCAAGGGCCCAACAUUCCAGUCAUAGUCGAAGGUCUCCGGUGCUUUGCUGGUAGCGUCACAUACAGCCGUGCCGUCCGUCUGGUUAUUCUGGUUCUGCGCUGAAUGUGAAACAACCGGAGCGCCGUGCUAAUGUCAUCACCUCUCCCGUCCAUUCAUAAAGUAUUUAGUUAAACAUACAUUUAGGUUUUCUGACACUUAAACAAUGUUUACUUGUUUUCACCUUGGUGAGACUUUACUUUCAUUUCAUUGUGUUUACAUAAAGGCUUCCUUUGGUUUUACUGCCAGGGAUAUAAAGGGUAUUUUUUGUGAUAUAAUAAUAUGCUGGUAUUCAAUGCGUCAACCUUAAGUUUUUAAUUCAUUCUCAGUAUUUGGAUUGCGGCUGGAAUAGUGUUUAUUUAUUGAAUCUACUCAAGCAUUCAAACUGCUCGUGUUUUGUUUGGUAUUUCAAGUCAGAAAUGGCCUCACAUUUCAUUGUGUGCAAAAUAAUGGGGAACGUUACAAGAGCUUCACUGUGAAAGCAAACCAAAUCUAAUCGAGUACUGUCACAAGAAGGUUCUUUGCUUUAUUGUAAGCUUAUAAUAAAAGACUUGUUCAUGAGAUUAGUGUAGGUGUUGAGUACUUCCCACAGCAGGAUGAGAGAAACUUAAUUAACUGUGAACCGAGUGGGCAUUUGAACUAAAUCAGGCUGGAAGCCCACAUUCAAAGCAGAAGUGACGACCGUUAGCUUAUCAUGUCUUCUGUGUUCAUUUCUUCUGGCUUAAACGGAUUGUUUUGUCUCGUUACCCUUUAAAAAUGUAGCAUUUCUCACUGUUUACCUUAGAACCAGUGGGUGCAUGGUAGCAUAACCUCAAGAUGCUGUCUUACAUCAGAUGAUUUUAUGUUGCUGUAAUAUUUAUGAAUGUAAAAGAUCAUUUCUUUGGGCUGUCAAUGGUUGAUGUAAAUUGCAAGGGCAUUGGCUUUACAACUAUGUGCAAAAUGACACUGAACAUCUGCCCCACUGAUGUGUGAAAGUUACACUGUUCAUCUCCAUCAUGUGUUGGUCUAUUCGGGGAGACUUCCAUCGCUCUCUUUCUGCACUCGGCGGGAUACGGAUGGUUGUGCCAAUGUGCUGGCAAAGCCGUGAAUACUCUCCGGUGCUUGGCUACAAAUAAAACAUGCAACAUACCAAAUGGAGAAA